AUGGCGGCCGACUUGGAAUCUGCCCAUGAGAAGCAGGCGAUAGUGGAAGAGAGCCAGCAUCGCCAGCAAUCUAGGGAGCCACAAUCUAGGGAGCCACAAUCUAGGGAGCCACAAUCUAGGGAGCCUAACCAAAUAGCAAUCGGACAAGAGACAAAAGACAAUCUCGUCGACUGGGGUGGGCCGGACGAUCCCCAAAACCCACGAAACUGGCCAGCAUGGAAGCGCAUGACCCAAGUCGUCCUCGCCAGCGCUUUCCUACUCACUGCCAACCUCGCCGCGACGAUGUUCGCCCCUGGCGCCGCCUCGCUCGCCAAGGAGUUCCAGAUCACGAGUCCCACCACCGUCAGCCUCACCGUGUCCAUCUACCUCGCCGGCUUCGCCGUGGGGCCCAUGUUCAUCGCACCGCUGUCCGAACUGUACGGCCGCCUCGUCAUCUAUCACACCUGCAACGUCACCUACAUCGGCUUCAUCAUCGGCUGUGCGCUGGGCAAGAACACGGGCAUGUUUCUCGUCUUUCGGUUCCUGGCCGGAUGUGCUGCUUCGGGACCCUUGACCGUGGGCGGAGGCACGGUCGCGGACGUCGUGCCUCCCGCGCAGCGGGGGAGGGUCAUGUCGAUGUUCUUCGUGGGACCGCUUCUGGGACCUGUCUUGGGCCCGAUUGUCGGUGGCUUUGUGUCGGAAUCAAUCGGCUGGCGAUGGACUUUCUGGAUCAUCAUCAUCCUCGCAGGAGUAUCAUUCACCAUCUCCAUCUUCCUCCUCCGCGAGACCAACGCGGCCGUGCUCCUAAAAUGGAAAGCCGCUCGCCUCCGCAAGACCACCGGCAACCGCGCCCUCAUCUCAAAGAUGGACCGCGGCCUCACGCCGCGCCAGCUCUUCCUCCGCGCCAUCGUCCGCCCGACCAAGCUCCUCCUCCUCUCGCCCAUCGUGCUCCUCCUCUCCCUGCUGUGCGCCUUCGUCUUCGGCCUCCUCUUCCUGCUCUUCACCACCUUCCCCACCGUCUUUGAGGAACAAUACCACUUCUCCGCCGGGGUCUCCGGCCUGUCCUACCUGGGCGUCGGCGUCGGCAUGGCCGUCUCCCUCGCGGUGUACGCCAGCGUCGCCGACAAGCUACAGCGACCGAAGACACCACCACCACCGUCACAGGGAGAGGAUGCGUCCCAGCACCAGCACCAGCACCAGCAGCAGCCCGAAGAACGCCUCAAACCCAUGACGUACGUCAUGCCCGCCGUGCCCAUCGGCAUCUUCUGGUACGGCUGGGCGGCCGAUCAGCAGACGCACUGGAUCGUGCCCAUCCUCGGCACCGCGUGCUUCGGCUUCGGCGUCCUCUGGGUCGUCAUGCCGACGCAGCUCUACCUGGUGGACGCUUUUGGGCCGGAAGCCGCCGCCUCGGCGUUGGCGGCCAACGUGAUCCUGCGGCUUCUGUUUGCGGCGUUCAUUCCGUUGGCGGGGCCGUCGUUGUAUGCUGACUUGGGACUGGGGUGGGGGAAUAGUGUCCUGGGGUUUGUGGGCGUGGCGUUUUUGCCGGUGCCGCUUCUGUUCUACCGGUAUGGAGGGUGGCUGCGGGAGAGGUUUGCGGUGGAGCUAUAA